GUGAUAAGGUGAUGGUCCUGGCUAGGUCAGGGCUCUGGCAAGAAGUCGUGAACGUACCGGCCAGUCAUACUUUCCCCAUGCCCGAGGGGAUGAGCUUCGAGGAAGCGGCUGCUCUUCUUGUCAACUACAUCACUGCCUACAUGAUCCUGUUUGACUUCGGGAACCUGAGACCCAACCAGAGCGUCCUCAUCCACAUGGCUGCAGGUGGUGUGGGGACUGCUGCCAUCCAGCUGUGCAAGACCGUAGAAAAUGUCACCAUUUUUGGCACAGCGUCUGCCUCCAAGCACGAGGGGCUCAAGGAGAGUGGAGUUGCUCACCCCAUUGACUACAGAACGAUGGAUUACGCAGAGGAGGUCCGGAAAAUCUCUCCCAAAGGUGUUGACAUUGUCAUGGACCCCCUGGGAGGAUCCGAUACGUCCAAAGCAUUUAACCUGUUGAAGCCCAUGGGCAAACUCAUCACGUACGGGGUAGCAAACCUGCUCACUGGGCAGAAGAAGAACCUCAUGGCUAUGGCUAAAACCUGGUGGAACCAGUUCAGCAUCAACGCCUUGCAGCUCCUCCACCAUAACAAGGCUGUGUGUGGCUACCACCUUGGAUAUAUGGAUGAAGAAGUUGAGCUUGUUGGAGGUGUUGUAGCCAAGCUGAUUAGCCUGUACAGUCAAGGCAAAAUCAAGCCCAAAAUAGACUCUGUGUGGCCCUUUGAUCAGGUGGCAGAUGCCAUGAGGCAGAUGCAAGAGAAGAAGAAUGUUGGAAAAGUCAUCCUGGUUCCUGAGGCACCCAAGGAAGAAUCCAAAAAAGAGGAGAACUAAGGAGAAGAGAUGUGUGCAGAUUGUGAAUUCAUGGUUUAACUCCCUGAUCUUUGGGACCUGGAAAUGGACAGAUCAGUAGCUUCCAUCUUCAGUUCACCAGUACAAGAACAUCGUGGUUAAGGUUCAGAUGAGGUUUGCAUGCUCUCGCUGUGACUGACCCUUUUCCAGCCAUGCCUCCUGCCCUAGCUCUCUGUUUUGAAGCCUGUUUAUUUCAUACAUUUUUUUUUUUUUCUAAUCACUUGUUUCUCUUAUUGAAUUUCCAAACUAACCUGAUUUUUCUCUGGCAGCACAGCUGAAGCUUCCGGGCAGUUGGUGAUUAACAACUGCCCAGCCUCUCACUGUACAUACUCUACCAACUGCCAGGUAUCUCCCCGCACACAGCCCUGCUGAAGCAGUUGUGUUGCUGCUGUUGAGAACUUGUUCAGCAGGAGAACGGACCCACCUUAGGAUGUGUCCUCAGCCACUGGCCUGGUUUAAUUCUAACACGGGCUGCUCUUCUGUUCCCACUGACACCCCCCCUCUUUCCCCUCUGCUUUCGUUGGCCUCCAACACCAGUCAGAUAGUGACAGGUCACGUUGUCUUUGCCUUAUGAAUCCUGGCAUUUUGGAGUCUAUGGCAUAUUGCACUUAAUUUGCAGUCACUUCUCUGUGCAGUCGGCAAAUAACCCGACGGGCUGUGUCUGAACACAGGAGAAAAGUUUCAGUUAGGUAACUUGAUCUUGUCCAUUUUCUGAUUCCAAACCAUAUAGGGAGACCUAAACUGUGUCUGAUUUCUAGAGACCAUAAGGACUCAACUGUGUCUCAAAUGACUGGAAAAAUUGGCGUUGGCUCUGUGCUUUAUUAAUGUUGGGCUCCAAUUGGUAUUGUUAAGGCUGAACUUCACCCUCGUUGUUUGUAUUUCCAAGGGCUGUGGUGUUGAAUCAGACUUCAGCAAGAUGGGAACAAAAUAAGCCCCUGUUAGUGCUUGCUUUGUGCUGUGCCCUGUUGUGGUUUGGGAAGGAACUUGCAAGAGCCAGUCCUAUAAGCCCGAAGCUUCUCAGGAGCCCAGGCUGGCUCUUUCUGUGCCACGCACCCAGCAAAGCUGUUGCCAAGUCACCAGUGUAGAGGGUAAAUGCCCAGACUCUUGGCCUGGGCAUCUUGAGUAGCUUAAGUUGUGCUUUCUGUUCUCUCUAGCCAGCUAGGUGGAUGUCAGCUCAGACCAGCUCCCACCUCGUGGUUCAGUGCUGCAGAAGAGCUUGACUCUUCUUCCCCUGACACUGCAAGUCUUGGGACCCCUGGGCUCUCUUCCAGCACCAAAGGUUUAUGAGCUGCUCGGGGUGUUCUUCCCAGACCAGAACUCAGUUUCUCUUCCUCUUUCCUUCCACGCAUUUGGAGAUGUAGCUGUGCAGAGACCCAAGCCUAGUUCUGUGAGCACUUCGUGUCCUGGGUGGUGCCCCCAUCCCUGCUGGACUCCGUGUCCAGCCCUGAGUGACUGUGGUGCUGUUUGUGCUUGCUUUGAGGCUUUGUCAUUGGUUGUGGGUGCUGUCAGGCUUUUAUAGACUUCAUUUUGGAUUUGAAAAGGUGAACCUGAGGGUGCCAAGAAGAGCUGCCUGUCACGGAGGAGCUCAGGCUGCAGGACCAAACCUCUCUACCAGGCUUCUGCAGGAGGGAAGGCACCGGGUGGGCAAAGGGCUCCAUGUGUGAAGCCCCUUGGCUGCUUGGGAGCAGCCAAGCUCCGUGCAGGGCUGGGGGGUUCCUGUGGGGGUGAGGAAGGUGGCUCCUUCCUCAGCCUGCUCUAUCUCCAGCAGCACAGCUUGUAUUUCAGGUGCUUGGGUCUGCCCCUGGUUCUGCCACCUUUCAGAAACACGUGGGCACAGCCUCCAGGGCACCUGCCCUGGGCACCUUUAAGUAUUAAACCACCUUCAGAGGAGGCCAGAGCCCUGUCACAGGUCCCUGUCAGUCUGUCUCUCGCACUUGAUCCAUGAACUUCAUAAACAUGGUCUGAUGAAACUCGCAAGCACAACCCUUAACCUUUCUGAAUCCAAAAUCUCGUUGCUUCUCCUCCUCCACCUGCCCUACCCUGCUAAUUUAGAUUAAAAUCCAACAGUGUCUCAUGCUGCUUUGCCAGGUCUGACAACAGAAGGACUGUCUUAAAUUGCUGAAAUGGGAAGUCUGGACCUGUUCUUUGAGAAAUUGGACUUGACCUUGAUGAAAGAGCCGCGUGCUCAAAUGGUGCACAGCCUUGUGCCUCUCCGGGUUCUGCACGCUUGGAAAGGGGAAAACCAUCAAACUGUGUUUUGCUGUAACAUCCUCCCCCUGUUUUGCUCUCGGCCGAGCGCUCGGUGCCUUACGUGGGUGGCCUUGGGUCGGGGGCACGGCCGGGCUCCCGCCGCAGCGGGGAGUGGGGUCUCGCAGCCCCCCCAUGGACACCCUGACACUGCCUCUGCUGCACGGCAGAAAACAGCAUCUCAGUGCCUUCUGCACGCCCUGGGAGGACUGGGAAGUCACUGGAGCCUUUUCCAUUCUGGCCUUUUCAAAGUAUUGCCAAAACCCUGUUAACGACUCCGGUGAACGCCGGUGUCGUCUGCCUUACUGUGAAUGAGAUGGUCCCUUUCCGUGUCUCUCAGCCUUUCCUGGGCCCUCCUGGUGGUUCUUGGAUGGUUCCCCCAUCCAGAAGAGCCUGUGCAGAGCCCUUGUCUCCCCCAGGGUGGCUCGAGCAAGGCUUUAUCUUCUCCUGAGGCUUUAUCUGCUCCAGCCUUAGCUCUUGGGAAACAGUCCUGGCUCCUGACACUCUCUGGGUGGCAGCUCCUCUAUCUUCUACCUGUGAAUUCCUGGGGCCCUUCUGAGGGCUCAAUUACUGCCCCUCAGAGUUCAGCACUGACAGAUUAAUCUCCCUCAGUAGCAACAAUGUUUUCUUAGAAAAACCGAGAUUAAAGCUGACCUUGCUCCUCUCUGCCUCCCUGGUCAGUGCUCUGCUCCGGGUGCUCGUGGCUGGUCAGUUUUUUUUUUGGUUUUGCUUUUUUUUACCUUUUUUUUUUUUUUUGAACAAACAUUUUAUGGGCCAAUAAGUACAGAACCUCUGUAAAACAACUUCAAGUGUCUUAACUCAAAGCUAACCAGCAGGUUUGUAUACCAAAGCAAAAAAAAAACCACAAACCAACAAAAACCCUAGGAUAAAAUCAUUCCACUCAAUGUUGCUUAACUGUUCAGGGCGCAGUUGUGCUCUUGAGGAAAGGGGAGGUUCCUGUGCUUGAAUUGCACGUGCCAUUCCAGCUCUGAUUGUCUGACCCCAAGGUUGUGAGGAGUCCCAAGGAGAGUGGGAGUGAGGAGCUCGUGGGCAGAGGAGGGGGGUCCCAGUCCCCAUCCCUGCCCAUGGCCAGGGGCUGCUCAGCACAGGGGGUCCUGGGCUGGUGACUCCCAUGUUGUUACUGCAGUUGCCUUCCCAAGUUGCCUUUUGGACAAAACACAGCUCCUUUGCUAUCACCAGGCAGCUUUUAUCACGUUUUUUGGCUCUCUGGUUUCUCUCAGUGUUGUGAAUCAGCCUGGGCUUCGCAGGGGAGUGUGUCCCCAGCCAAGGGCUUUGGAGUCGGGGGGAAGGAGUUUAACUGGACAUUUCAUUUGGGAAUUGACUGACUGGGGAAGAAGUAAGAAGCAUUGUGGGCCUCAGGCUUUAAUUGGUGCGGGAUCCUGGCCCACGUACAGCUGCUGUCAUAGGUGUAAAACCACUCUUGCUGCCUAAUGAGGUCUCUAGUGUGCGAAGCCCUGGUGAUGGUGAAGCGUGGCUGGCAAGUAGUACGUGAGUGUGAUGUGACACACAUUAGACUCUGAGCCUCUUACAACAUAUGGUCUGGUCUGUACUGUCUGAGUCACGUUUGUUUGCAGAUCCUCAUCCUACAGACACAUCAACAAUCUUUGUUUAAAAAAAAUAUAUUCUGCUUUGUGUGUGUAACCAAGUUGGACAGAAAGCACGUGUGCCAAUGCUGUUUACAUGACUAUAAUGUGUAAUGCUCCUGUCUAAUGUUACCAUAUGCCUUAUGUGUGUCAAAUGUUAAUUAAAAGCAUAACAAAACUCUC